AUGAGAAGAAGAAUUAACAAGAACCAACAACAACCCCGAACAAACAAGAAGAGGGAAUUAUCGGAAAGUGAAUCAGAGACUUCUGAUGACGAUUCUUCAAAUUAUGAUCAAUUGGAAUCACUGUUGAAAAAACAAAAAAAUAUUAAUGAAAAUUUCAAUGAUACAAACGAAGUUGACAAUAUCAUAAAGAGAGAGAAGGGAAAUUUUCUUGUUAAAGUUAGAUCCAAAUCAUAUUGGGACACUGUAUGGAUGUCAAGAGAGGAGUUGAAUAGAAAGGCUACCUUUAAAUUGCUCUGGUUUGAAAAUAAUUAUGGAACUAAUAGUAGCGUUAAUCUUUUAAAUAAUGAUUGGACCAAGAUUGACUAUCUUCUCGAUGAACCAAAACCAGGUCAAUAUCUUGUCAAGUGGAGAGGGUUGCCAAUAUCAGAGAGCACUUUGGAAACUAAAUCUAAGAUUAUUUCAAAUACAUCAAACAUUGAGUUUGAAAAACACUAUUCACACUUUAAGAAUAGAAAGAGCUUUAAAUGUCCUACAAAUGAUGAAAUUGAAAAAAUUAGAAUUGGGUUUCAAUAUGAUUCCAUGACUCUCACUAAUCCUCAUACUGAAUUGAUGAGUUACCAAAAACAAGCUGUAGAAUGGUUGAUUUCGUCUUGGAAGAAACAUGAUAAUUGUGUUCUUUCGGAUGAGCCUGGUCUUGGAAAAACCGUACAGACCAUUUCAUUUCUUUCCAUUAUGAAAAGAUAUCUCAGUGGCCCAUUUCUUAUUGUUACCCCUCCUCAAAGAUUACCGUUUUGGAAUUCUCAAUUAGAAGUUUGGGCACCAGAAUUAGUAACAGCUACAUUUAUUGGAUCUAAUCAAGAUAAGCAAAUGAUCAAAAGACAUUUAAUCCAAGAUAAGAAUAAUUUUUAUUCGAAUGUAAUACUUACAACAUUUGAUUCCAUGAUAUUGGAUGAGAGUUGGUUCAAAUUACAUAAUUGGCCCAUUAUUGUAUUGGACCAAGCUCACAAAAUUAGAAAUUCAAAAACCAAAUCCUUUUCUCUUAUGAAAAGGCUUCAAUAUAAUUUUCUCUUACUAGUCAGUGAAAACAUUUACACUGGUACAACACAUGAUGAAUACAAAGAAAUACUUGAUUUAGCAAGGAUAUCACCAAAUUCAAUAUUGAGAAGAGAGAAGAACAAUCUUAAAGAUGUAUUUAAACCAAAAUCUGAUUUAAUAAUUGAAAUACCUCUAUCACCUUUACAAAAAAAUUAUUUGGCAAAGAUUUUCAGACAAAAUUCUUCAGUUUUAUGUCAAGUAUUUGAUGAGAAAAACUAUUCAAAAGAGAAUAAGGACAGAUUAAUAAGAGCAUAUCAACAAUUAUCUAAUGCUUGCAAUCAUCCAUAUUUGAAUAUUGCGAGUGAAGAUGAGCCUCAAAGACAUGAUCCAGUAGCAUACUUUAAUACUUAUUUACAGGCAUCUCCAAAAUUAUUGGUUUUGGAACGUUUGUUGGAAAAAUUCUCCCAACAAAAUGUGAUUAUUUUCAGUUCUUUUCCAUGUAUUAUUGAGGAAAUGCUAAUACAACAAAAGAAAAAUUACUCAAUUAUUACCAGUGAAAAUGUAAAUAAUGUAACAACUGAAAAAAUUGUUCUCAUCUACCACAAAACAAGGCUUAUUCCUGUCAAGUUUAACCACUUUGAUUAUAUUAUCAUGUUUGAUUCAGAUUGGAAUCCUACUCUUGACAAUAGUCAAAUUGAACGGUUCUUCACAAUAGGUAAGGAUACCAAAGUAAUUAGAUUGAUGUGUGCAAAGGAAUUGGAGAGGUUUCAACUCGAAUUAUCAGAAAAGGAUAACUUGAAAGGAUUUUUUAAUAAGAGAAUUAAUGAUCUCGAUAAAGCCUUUAGGUCUAUUGCUAAGGAACUUUUACUAGGUGAGCAAGACCAAUUAAAUGCUCUUAAUGAUGCUUCUAGACUGGAAUUGUCCAAUCAAGAUAUUGAAAAUAUGCUUUCUAAAGGGUUACAAUCAGUGGAAAAAGAUUCAACAGUAACAACAAAUAUUACUACUUCCAAUAGAUAUUGGUGUCAUGUUUUUGGUAUCCCAAGUACAAAUCAAAUUGUAGAUAUUAGCACUCAAAAUGAUGUUUUGUAUAUUCCUACCAUGAAUUCUUUCUUGAAUUAUGAUAUUCAUUUAGAAGAAAAAAAGGAUGACUUUGAAGAAUAUUCGAGUGAAUAUCAAAGUAUGAAUAUUGCAUUAGAACUUUCCAAUACAGUCGAAUCCCUUGUGGUUGAUGUUGAAAAUAUCAAAAAAGCACUUGAAAAAACAGCCGACAAGGAAAAGAGAAGGAAUCUAGUUGAUGUUUUGCGAAAGAAAGAAUUCAAGAUUGAAGAAGAAUCUAUUCGUUUAAGAAUUUAUAGUCGGCAAAUGAAAAAUUCAAACAUUAGAAUAAUAUCUCCAACUAAUGUGCUUGUAAAGGGGUUUACAAGAAAAGAAAGGUUAGUAUUUUAUCAAACCAUACUUAGAUAUGGUUUAGGAAUAGGAUCCACCCAAGAUGGAAAAUGGCAACAGUUUUACUCUAUCAUUAAUCCAAAAUUGAGAGGAAAGUCGAUUCAGGAAAUUAAGGAAUUUGGUGCUUUUAUUUUGGAUCACUUAUCAGAGCAAGUAGAUCAAAAUUAUUCACACUACUCAGAUGGAACACCUACAGAUUCUAUCAAUGGCACCAAGAUUUUACAACGAAUUGGUUCUAUGUUUUUAGUACAUUCCAUUGUUGAAAAGUAUUCCCAAUUUCCUAUUGAAACUAAUUUUGAUAUUAGUUUUGUAGAGUCAGUUUUGGAACUCAACGAAAGAAGUACUGAUUUUUUUGAGAUGGAGAAACCAACUACUGAUUGGAAAUUGGUUCAUGAUUUGAUAGUGUUGAGAGGAUGUACCAAGUACGGAUUUGCUAGGUGGGAUCAAAUUCUUCAAGAUGAUACUUUUGAAUUUACAACAUUGAAAACCAUAAUUUCAAGUUUAUUCCAAAACUCUAAAAAGAUGAAAAUAGAUUUUCUAAAUAAUAGAUUAAUCAAAUUGUUAGAAUGCUUGAGCGCAGAGUUUGCAAAACAGAAAAAUAAACUUUCAAUAAUAGAUUAA